CACCUCACCUCACUCACCCACCUCACCUCACUCAACCCACCGCAGUGCACUGCUGGAUCUCGCUACCACUACCCCACCAUCCCACCACGCUCCCCCACCCCCGCCCCCGCCCGCUCAGUCAUGCUCUUCGCCCCGAGUGUCUUGCGCAGCCGCCUCUCUCGGCUCGCGUUUGCGUCCGUCUUGGCUCCCUUCGCGUCGCCGUCGGCCGCCAUGGCCCGCUCCUUCACCUCGAUCCCGAACACCUUGAGCUCGCGGCUUCGCAUCACACCGACACUAGGCGUCCCAGCCCUACUCCACCAGCAGACGCAACUGCGCGGCAUGAAGGUGCGGUCUUCGGUCAAGAAGCUCUGUGACGGAUGCAUGUCUGUCCGCAGAAAGAACCGGGUCUACAUUAUCUGCUCAAAGAACCAGAAGCAUAAGCAACGACAGGGUUGAAAUUUGCGGUUGAAAAGAUGGCGGCCCUACGAUUUUGUACGCUACGGUCUUGAUCGCUUGGCGGCGUGCGGGACGGAAUAUGCUGUUGCUGUACCUACUUACGUAGUACAAUAGAAGGCAGGCGUGCACGCUCCCAAGAAUCGGCUGUGAGGUGUGAUUGUGUGUUCCGGCCAAGAGCUGUGGUGCACCUCAGCCUUAGGG